AUGACUGUUGACCCUAAUCCCAAGGAAUUUUUAUUUUAUGAUAACAAACCAAAUGCAAACAAUCACAUUCUAGGGUUUGGUGCCAGUGAUGGCCUCAGACUCUUUGCUGGUGCUGACACUCUAUAUAUGGAUGGCAACUUUGCUAUGGCUCCAAAUAUUUUCAAACAGAUAUAUGUCAUCCAUGUCCCUUUCGGUCAAACAGCUGUUACUUCAGGGUACGCUCCAAACAAGACUCAUGCCACCCACAAAGAACUCUUUCAGGAUAUAGUUGAUAAGUAUGCAGACCUAAGCUAUUCUAUUAAUCUGCAGACUGUGGUGACUGACUUUGAAGAUGGUGUACCGAGAGCUGUUCUUGCAGUGUUUGGCCACAGUGUAGAGGGCAAAGGUUGUUUCUAUCAUCUUACACAAUCCACUUGGCGUAAGAUCCAGAAACUGGGUUUGAUAUCAAUGCUGAGUUUUGUUUGUUUUGUUGGCAUGAUCGAUGCUCUUGCUUUUUUGCCCCUGGAAGAUGUUAAUGAAGACAGGAGAUUCCUCAAAACUGUGUCAUUCCACAAGAUCCACCUGCAGCCAAGGCUUUGCUCAUGUACUUCGAUUGUACUUAUGUUUGUGGUUCCUUUCGACUGA